CAACACCAAGACUCAAAGGUCAAGCCAUGAGAUCGCCUCUCUCAUUCUCAUUAUUGGUCUCACGAACGACCUGACGAACCUGUCGCAAUGCCGGGGACUGCGAAUAAGCGCGCGAACCGUCAGCAGUUCCGGGAGACCAAGGGCCAAGAUGGCCUUGCCAGGUUGCCUCGCAAGCGCUUCUAUCGCCAGCGAGCCCAUGCGAACCCCUUCUCAGAUCACACGCUAGAAUACCCAGUCUCGCCAGCUGCCAUGGACUGGUCCAGUUACUACCCAGCAUUCGUCAGUGAAGACCAGCCCGACGACUCAACGCAACCGCGGCGGAUGAAGCAGGACGUUGAGAUUGUCGACAUUGGUUGCGGCUUUGGCGGCUUGCUCGUCGCCCUGGCCCCUCUCAUGCCUGAAAAGCUGAUGUUAGGUCUCGAGAUCCGCACCAGCGUCACCAGCUUCGUCCAAGACAAAAUUUGGGCGCUCCGGGAGCAAAACGCCGCCGCGCGGCUGUACCAAAACGCGGCGUGCCUGCGCGCCAACUCGAUGAAGUUCCUGCCCAACUUCUUCAAAAAGGGCCAGCUGUCCAAGAUCUUCAUCUGCUUCCCGGACCCACACUUCAAGGCGCGCAAGCACAAGGCGCGCAUCGUCUCGACGACGCUCAACUCCGAGUACGCCUUUGCGCUGCGGGCCGGCGGCGUCGUGUACACCAUCACCGACGUGGAGGGCCUGCACGAGUGGAUGGUGCGGCACUUUGACGCGCACCCGUCGUUUGAGCGCGUGCCCGAGGACGAGGAGCGCGAGGACGAGUGCGUGCGCGUCAUGAUGAGCGAGACGGAGGAGGGGAAGAAGGUCGAGAGGAACAAGGGGCAGAAGUUCGUGGCCCUGUUCCGGCGAUUGGAGGAUCCGCCGUGGUAGCAGCUGCGAUAGUUCGAUAGACACGAAUGUAAUGACAAGGAGCAGGGGCAGUGGUCGAAUACGUGCACAUGGCCGCACCGCAGUCAGCUUUCAGUUUUGCUUUAUGACUAUGGCAUCACAUUCUCGCUCGAAGAAAGGGCCCUCGACCUAGACUAUAGUGGCAGUGGUACCUCCUGACUGCCUAUAUCAUAUCAUCCACCUGGUCAUGACCUAUCCGUACUUUCAAAAGUCUUCACCCCCGUGGCUCUCCUUACUUUCGUUGUCUUUAUCGCUUUCCUGACCUUCGUCGCCCUCAUCGCUCUCCUACCCUCAUAGC